CACUCCACGUUCAGUCGAGUUCCCGUUGUCCGCGCGCAAACAUGGAGGAGGAGCUGCGAUGUCCCGUGUGUAAACAGUUGUUCAACAACCCGGUGCUGCUGCCGUGCUACCAUGCGCUGUGCCUCAACUGCGCCGUCCACCUCCAGCAGCCGGCCUCGCAGCACCCGCCGCCCGCCCAGGCGACCGCGGAGCUGGCUUCGGAGCCCGGCGGCGGCGGCGGCGGCGACAUCGCGGGGCCGUCUUGCUCGUCGUCCGCCGACUACCAGGAGCCCGACAAGCUGUCCAUCCUGAGCGAGACGGACAGCGGCGUGGUGUGCAACAGCCGGCCCAACAGCUACGUGGGCACGCCCAACAUCCAGGGCAUCCUGUUCCCGCCGCUGGCGAGCAGCGCGCUGUCGCUGGCCUGCCCCGUGUGUCACAAGGUGGUGUACUUCGACGAGAGCGGCGCGCACAACCUGCCCAAGUACCGCGCCAUGCAGACCAUCGUGGACAAGUACGGCGAGCAGCGGCACGUGGUGCUGCGCUGCCAGCUGUGCGAGGAGGAGCCGGCGAGGGAGGCGGCCGUCAUGUGCGAGCAGUGCGAGGUGCUGUACUGCGAGGCGUGCCGCGACAACUGCCACCCGGCGCGCGGCCCGCUGGCCAAGCACAGCCUGGUGGAGCCGGCGCAGGGCCGCGCCGCGCUGCGCUCCAAGGGCCGCGGCAGGGACUCGCAGUGCGGCGACCACGAGGGAGAGAGCCUCUCCAUGUACUGCAUGGUGUGCAAGGUGGCGGUGUGCUCGCUGUGCCUGCACGACACCCGCCACGCCAGCCACGACGUGCAGGCCAUCAACUCCAUGUGCAAGGCGCAGAAGACGGAGCUGUCGCAGAACCUGCAGCAGUUGUCGGAGAAGGCGCGGUCCACCACGGAGUUCAUCCAGCGGCUCAAAGGCAUGGCCGACAGAGUGAACGACAACUGCUGCGACUUCGAGACGGCGGUGGCGGCGCAGUGCGACGCGCUGGUCGAGGCGCUGCACGAGCGCAAGCGGCAGCUGCUGGACUUCAUCCGGCAGCAGAAGGAGUGCAAGCUGCGCAGCCUCAAGGACCAGGUGUCCACGUGCACCUGCAAGCUGCAGCACACCACGGGCCUGCUGCAGUUCUGCAUCGAGGCGCUCAAGGAGACCGACUCGGCCGCCUUCCUGCAGAUCGGGUCGAUGCUGAUCAACAGGGUGGCCAACAUCGACAUCACGUGGCACAAGGACGUGGUGACGUCACCGCGGAUAUCGCACGAGUUCGACCUGACGCUGGAGGACAAGUCUGUGCUGCGCUCCAUCGAGCAGCUCAACUUCAUCCAGAUGAAGCCUCCGUGCGCGCCCGCCGUCAUCCCGGAGGAGUGCAGCGCCGAGAACAACAGCGUGACGAUCGCGUGGCAGCCUCCCCCCACCUCCUUCGUGGAGGGCUACGUGCUGGAGCUGGACGAUGGCAGCGGCGGCGACUUCAGGGAGGUGUACUGCGGCAAGGAGACCAUCUGCACCGUGGACGGCCUGCACUUCAACUCCAUGUACAACGCGCGCGUCAAGGCGUUCAACAGCACGGGCGAGGGCGACUACAGCGAGCUCAUCGGCCUGCAGACCGCCGAGGUGGCGUGGUUCACCUUCGACCCGUGCCUGGCGCCCGCCGAGCUGCAGUUCUCCGAGGACAACUGCACGGUGUCGUGCGAGGGCUACGAGCACCGCGUGGCGCUCGGCAGUGUGGGCUUCUCGCGCGGCGUCCACUACUGGGAGUUCUCCGUCAACCGCUUCGACUCCGACACGGACCCCAGCUUCGGGGUGGCGCGCCUCGACGUUGCCAAGGACCAGAUGCUGGGCAAGGACGACAAGGGCUGGAGCAUGUACAUCGACCGGCAGAGGUCGUGGUUCAUGCACAACAGCGUGCACGAGCAGCGGUCGGAGGGCGGCAUUCAGCCGGGCUCGACCGUGGGGGUGUUGCUGGACCUGGACAGGCACCAGCUCAGCUUCUACGUCAACGAGGAGCCACAGGGUCCAAUAGCGUUUCAGGACCUGUACGGGGUGUUCUACCCCGCGGUCAGCGUGAACAGGGGAGUCUCUGUGACGCUCCACACCGCCAUAGACCCUCCGUCGGACAGCGACGAGAGCUGAGUUCGGGCGCGCCAUCAGUGAACCGGUACAUAUCACACGCCCCGGGUUCCACUCAUUCCCCCCCUCGUCCUUGCAACCCCCUCCAACAACACUGCAUGCAUCUUCCAAGUCUGUGGGAACAGCGACUGGCCUUGGACUGUGCCGAUGAUUCUGCCCGAGCCAUCCGUGGGAGAGUUGAUUGUGCUCCUUUCAGUAAAACAUGUUCAAGUGGUGUUGUUAUCUGCCAUAAGUGUAAAUUGUGUACAUACAUACUGUCCCUUCUGAACUGACCGUACUUGUCGCAUGUCACAUAUUGGCCAAUGUUACUUGAGCGAGUAGAGCCAUUAGUGUUUAUAUAACUUACCGGUAGCCUACUCUUCCUUUUGAUUAAAUAGCAAACAAAAAAAAACUGACACACUUCUUUUUUUUUAUAUACAAGAAAUUUGUGUUCGUGAAAAAAAAAUAUAUUCAGCAGUAGUAGUAAUAAUGUUUUCUUGAAGCAAAAUGAAAUUACGGUUUACUGAAAUCUGCCCAGAAGAAGUAUAAAAUUGUUCUGAUAGUUUUAAGAUACUGAUUGUUUAUUUCUAUGAAAUUAUUGAAAUUUAAUAAAAAUAUUAUGAUGGAAGAUUAUAAAAAAUAAUUGGAGCUAUGCUGGAUAUGGUAUUAAAAGAAAAUUGCACUUGAUAUUUGACUAGUGUAAAAAAAAAGUUUUACAGUUUCAGGGUGGUUUAAAAAUAAAACUAAAUACACUCCAUGAAAGUACAUAAUGUAAUCAUAAAAUACCAAGUACAAUUUUUGUUAGUGGCAGGAAAACCUUAUACUUUUAGAAAUCACUUAGUAUUCUAAACAGUUUAAACAUUCCAUAUCAAAGGACACCUCAGUUACCAGGAAAUUGUAGAUAAUAAGUAGAAAGUAGUGUGAAUAUAAUAACUGAAACAUUAUCAAGGUUAUCACAACAAAUAUAAAUUUUACUAAAUUUAAUUUUAUGUAUGCUGCCUUUGACACAUGUUUGUGUAAUUUUCAGAGAAGAAAGUGACUACAGAAAAAUAAAUUGUGCUCCAGGUAGUAAACUAAGAGUGUAAUGAAUAGUAAGAUCAAAAUUAAUAGACAUAGUAGCUAUUAACCACUGUAAAAAGGAAGCAGCACUUUCAAGACAUAGUUGCUUCUGGUGAAUUCCAUUUUUCGGGUUUAUUUAAUAACUUGAGAUCGCCUGCUUAAAUGAACAUAUGCCUAAAUGUUAGUAUUUAUAUCUAAUUUAUGUCAUUUUUAAGGAAAUGUACAUAAAGGAAACUUUAAAACAUCUACCAAGAACAGUAUUUACUCACGUGUGUGAGAAGUAAUACAACUUUGCAGGUUUAUCAAAUUUACAUUGCUGGUAUGACUUCAUAUUACAGACAAUCUAGGAAUUCUCUUAACUUCAAAAUUCAGUGAGGCUUUCCACCCCAUUACUGUUUAUUUUGGUACUUUUUCGUGAUUUUCGUGACCUGUAGAUGCCCUGAUUAAGUUUAUUAAAACCAAUUAGGGCCCCUCCUUGGCUUUUACUUUGUGAUGAUUGGUUUUGGCUAUUACUAAGCUCCAACAGCACACUGUGUGCAGACGCACUGGAAAUAUCCUCGGGAAUUUGACUCGUGGGGACAGCAGCUAUUUAUUCACUGCUAUGCAAUAUGUUUUGAGUUGUUGAGUCUAGUUGUUUCAGUUGGUGACAAUCGUUAUUUUCGUUAACGUUAGUGAGAGUUACUGAACACAUUACUUACGACCUGUGUACACACCUCCUUAGGCCACUAGCUAUCUUUGUUUAAAUACUUGCUCUUCUCCUUAAUCAUUAUCACCUCAGUCGUCACUCCAUGAUCCAUCCAUAGUGGGUUUGGUCUUACUUUCAUGGCCCACUGUAAAUAUUUUGUAAAGAACUGUGUGUUAAAUAUGUUAGUAUUGUACUUAAUGAUUUGUUGAAUAAGUAGGGUGUGUUUCUUGUUUUUGUACAUGAUGAUAACUGAUUUCUCCAGCAGUGGAGUAUAGUUCAGAAGAAUAUUCUAAUUUUGUAAAUAUAGCUUAGUUGUAGAAAACGAAGGGUUUUUUUUUUUUUUUUCUAACAGACUGAUAUGACGACUGAAUAGAAAACACCCAGUCAUUUUUUACCCACUUUGUUAUAUUUGAAUCAUAUGGUAUGUAGGUGAAUGUAUUUGCAGUGUUAUGUUCAUUGUUUACACACAAUCACCAAUCAGGAUGCAUGUUUGGAAAUACAUAAGUGCAAUAUGUUUAAUAACUUAUAAUACUCAGAUGUUGACCUUUAAAUAUCUUUUCUUGUUUGUUUUUACUUGCACUCAAUCUUAACUGUGAGUUUAUCACCAUCAUAGGUAAUGUUUUAACUUUCACAUGUUCAUGUUUUUCUGCAUUGUAUUCUGAGAAAAUUGUUUCAGGAGGGUGUUUUGUCCAUUUCUUUUACCUCAAUUUAAAAGACAUGUUUAAUGUUAUUGGAUACAUAGUCUGCUCGUAUAUCAAAUGUUUUCAAGUACAUAUUAAUUAUUUGUUGUUUUUCUUAAUGUUUCAUGACUGUAUGCAAUGGUUACUGCGAUAUGAUUGUCAUUAAAGUUAACAUGUAGGUCCUUAUCUUAGUGGUAGAAAUGUGGUUAUGUGUAAGACUACAGUGUUUGUUUUACCUCAUUAGUGGUCUUUGGUAAGUUUUUAAAUUGUUGCUAUUGUGCAAAGGUUUUUUUUUUCUGUAUACAUAAUGUUACGAAUCUUCCCUCAAAUUGUGCUUUUAUGAAAGCUUUUAAAAGUUUAUUUGGAUCAACAUAAUACAUCAAGCUGAAACAAAUCCUUGGUGUAUGUUAUCAGCGCAAGAUGAAAGCAACACAGGUUAGCAAUUUUCAUCACUCUGCAAACUGAAAAGUCGGUCACACGCAAUUAACUAUGCGAUUCAGUUGUUAAGUUCAGCAAUCACGUGGAGGUUAUUGCAAAAAAGCAUAUUUUCCUAAAAAAUUAAUUAAUAAAUUACUUUUGAAACUAAAAUUAAAAUCUUUUUUUUUUUAAAUACGAUUUGAGAGACUGCAGCAUCAUAAAAAAAUAUGAACUUAUCUCAAUCCUGCCUCUUAAGAGACACUUCGUCGUUGUUAAUUAGAAACUUAGUUGCUUUGUUCCAUGUUGUCAUCAUGGAUAAUUGUGAGUUAUCAUUUGAAUUGCACACACAGCACUCGUCUGGUAUAUUAAAAGCAAAAAAAGAAUUUUUUAUUGUGGAUUAAGAAGUGAUUUUAUGACUGAGUUGAAAGAGGUGGAACAAAAUUAAGCUUUUAUUCUCUCCAUGUCCUAGAAUGCUAGCAAGCACAUCCGUGAGUUAGGCCUUUUAUGAUGUUGCUGAAGAUUAUUGCUAUUGUAUUUUUUGACAUGCAAUUGCUGUGCAUGUUUGUAUUUGUAGGUUUAUCUGAUUGUUUACAGUCAUUUUGUCUAGGUGUGAUUAUUCUGUUAUUUGUUCAUUAACAUUUGCAGUAGUGAAAGGAUUGCAAAUAAUUAGUCAGGUUUGCUCAAAUCGGUAUUAUGCUUGUGCAGCAGAAAAAGUUGCGAGACGGCAGUGUGUUUGAAAAUAAAAUAAUUAUACUGCGUUAACUCUUCAUUGAAAUAAAAUAUAAUUAGUCAAAAUGCAGUAAAUAUUAUGUCUGAGUGUAAAAAAAACCUUUGCUAAGCUUAUAUAUUUUCAACACUCUUAUUCCAUGCACUAAAAUAAUCAAAUUUAAAAAAAAAAAAAGCACAAAAUAAACAGUAAUACAAAACUGCAAAUAUAAUUCUGAACAGUAUGAAUGACAAAUCUUUUGUGAACAGUACGUGUUCAGUGCUAUAAAAGUCAGUAGUUGAAUGCAAGAGAUGGAUAGAAGGGCAUAUACACCCCACCCCACUUUUCCACCAAAGUUAUGAAAUAUGUGCGAGAUCUCAGUGAAGGCAGUAUGUUAUUUUGUACGGUGCAAGGUGAUCUGUUACAACCAGUGGCGUAGCCAGGAUUUGUGUAUGGGGGGUGUUAAGAAGCAUGCCCACCCCCCCGUAUUAAAGCGGGGGGGGGGGGGGGGGUCCAGGGGUCCACGCCGGGAAAAUUUGGAUUUUAAGGUGUAAAAUAGUGCUAUUUUAGCAGUUUUCGGUACUGAAAUUUAAAUAUUGUAAUGGUAAUAAUUGUAUUAAUUUUAAUAUGAAAUUUGUUUGAGUGAUGAAUAAGAAAUUAAUUAAAGAUUUGGUGCUGGGGGGGGGGGGGGUGGUUUAACCCCAAAAAAAACCCCCUGGCUACGCCCCUGGUUACAAAACCUGCAAUUCCUUACUACUCAGGAAUUGACACAUGUUGAGAAUGUCCAAUUCCUAUUGGUACACAAGUUCUGAUAUUUUCCCAUUUUCUUCUCAAAGCUUCUUAAAAAAAUUCCUAUGUAAAAUUAAUUAGCUUUUCUUUCCCGUCCACCAAUAAGAUGACUGAAUAAAAUUAACCAUUAUUUAGAAAAAUUGGUAGCUUUAAAAUUUUUCUUCGAAUUUUUUAAUGUAUACUGUAUUUUCCUAAGUAUAAUACGAGAAUUGUAUCGACGGUUGAGAAACGUAAAGCUUUGCUUCCCCUGCUAUGUUAGGUUUUUAGUGUUUUUAGUGUUUUCAAAUAUUUUUGAAAAUGAGACUAUAGAAUUAAGUUUUUUUUGUAUCAGUCAAACAUGCAUCACAGAAAAUGGUUUUCCAGUGAGUAACAAUGACACCUUCAGUUGGGACAAGAUUACAGGGUGAAUAGCUAUAAAACUGAAAUAAUACUAAUAAAACUGAAAAUAGCUAAUCAUUCUUUGAUUGAAUGUUGAAUCUUGCACAUGCUAAACUAAAUUUGUGCAAUGCAAUGGCUUGUAGCAUGUGGCAUUAAAAAAAAUUCUGAGCAUUAGUAAUAAUAGUUUAUGAGAAAGAAAGUUGGGUGAUUAACCAAAGGUAACAUACACCAGGAUUAUCAGUCUGUAGAAGCAGAUAAAUGCUGUUAUUUGCACCUUGCAGUACAGCUUCGCUAUUACAUGUUAUGGCUCGAAAUGGCAUAAGGCCUAGCUUGUAAACUUUUUUUUAAAUCUCUGUUGAGAGUGAUUAUUACACACGCUAGCUUUAAAGAUUCUGACAUAAAGUUGUCACAGUCAUGAAAAGGAUAUUUAAAGUCACACAAUUAUAAUAUUUUGCCAUUCAUGUAUGGGGACUUUUAUUGUUCAAGAAACAUGAUUAACUUGUCACGACAUACAGUAGUGUCCCACUAAUCCAAACUAAUUGGAACCAAUUCGAAUUACCAUGUUUACAGAUCAAUUGAUUUAAUUGCCAUAUCCAUCAUGUGGUAAAAUAUAUCUGUAUAAGCCUUUAGUCAUCAUGUAACACAGUCCAUAACAUUUCUACAAGCACAUAAUCACUAAACAUGUAGAUAAUUAUGUCAAGACAUCAAAAAUAUUUUAUUUUAUUCAAAACUUAAUUUUUUGAUGUGAAAAAUCUUAGAUCUCAGUAUACAGCAUUUGGUUGGAGUAAUUUUAUGAAUACGACAGAAAUAUGUUAACAGGAAGUAAACCUAUAGUGGAUGGCACAAACCAAAGGUUACAGUAUUAAAUGUUUAAUGAAUUUUAACAAGAUGGGCAGCAUUUUGGAAAAUUUCUUGUUAAAAAUCAGGUUCAAAGCAUGGGUUUAGUAUUUUUUCAGGUCCUUUUUUGCUUUUAUCAGAGCAGUGACAUAAUGGUUUGAUAACUUCAGUCUGCUAAUUGAAUGGUUCAAUAGUCGCUGUAGCCACUUUAAUGAUUCCAGGAGCGAAUUGUAGCAGCGGGUGCGGAAAGUACGUGUGAUUUGCGUCCAGACACGUAGUUGAAAACACAUUUUGCGUAUAUUUAUUAUGCUCAGCAUUAUUUUAAAGAAAUCUAUGUUUGAUCCCAAGUCUGCAUUUCGUACUAUAAGUGUAUUUGCAACAUGAAAACACAUGAAUUUGCUCAUUAUCGAGGUAGAUGUUGCACAUCAUGGCGAGUACUGAGUACAUGUUUUUUUUUACCCUGGACUCAUUUGAUUAGCCAUAUAUGUAAAUUAGUGGGAUUCGGAUUAGUGGGACUCCUCUGUGUUCUACAAUUUUGGCCCUGUUUUAUGAAACAGGCAUCUGGAGCCUAUUUAUAAAUAUCAGAUAAAAAAAAAAUUUGAGAAUUGUAUUUGCCCUGUCAUGCAGACACUCUGGAUGAAUAAAAUAAAACUUAAAAAUCCAAAUGGUGGCAUGAGAUAAAAAUCAGGUGCAAGAGAUAAUUGAACAGAAAAAAAAAAUUAAAAUAAA